CAUUCCGUUGUGGUUUAUUCAACGACGAACGUCAUGCCCGAACCAGCGAAGUCCGCCCCGAAGAAGGGAUCUAAGAAAGCGGUGACCAAGACGACUGGUAAAGGAGGCAAGAAGCGCAGAAAGACCAGGAAGGAGAGUUAUGCUAUCUACGUGUACAAAGUCUUGAAGCAGGUCCACCCCGACACCGGUAUCUCUUCUAAGGCUAUGGGGAUCAUGAAUUCCUUUGUGAAUGAUAUCUUCGAGCGCAUCGCUGGUGAGGCUUCUCGUCUCGCUCACUACAACAAGCGUUCGACCAUCACCUCCAGAGAGAUCCAGACGGCCGUGCGCCUGCUGCUUCCCGGUGAGCUGGCUAAACACGCCGUAUCUGAGGGUACAAAGGCCGUCACCAAGUACACCAGUUCCAAGUAAAGCGUCAUAGUGCGACUUGACUACCCCAAAGGCUCUUUUAAGAGCCACCCACGUUUUCACCAAAGACAUUUUCCAUCGUGUGGGUGUGCAUGUACCGUAAAACGAGAAAAGGAAAGGAGUAGUAGCUGAAGUAGCGCUUGUGUUUUUGUGCGCUGUGCCGUCGUCUUUCUUCCCUUUGUGCGCUUUGACGUCGUCCGUCUUCCCCUUUCCCGCGCGUUUUAUUAAAUUAUUUUCGUGUGCUUUAUUCGGCCGCAUGUAUCUUGUAAUUUAAAUGAAACUUGAAGUUCUUGAGAUUGGGAUUUGGAAACCCGUUUCUACUCCCCAGAGCUGGGUCACAGUCUUGUAUGAAACCUUUUUUUGGUUGUCUUUGUUUUUUUGUUUUUUAUAUGCAUUUUGUCACUUUAGGACAAGUAUCUUUGUGUAUAUAUAUUAUUGGCUCUGAUGUAACCUACAAGUAUGUGAAGUCACCAUGACAACUGUUGUUGUAAUCUUUAAUCUUCAUUGCCCACAUUGACAUUUCCUGUUGUUACAUUUUAUUAGUAGCUAUUAAUAUUCUUUUCACAUCUUUUGCCUUGUUUGCAGUAGAUGAAGCCUAGUCAUUUGCUGAGAAGGGUUAAGGAUUGCAUCCCAUCAUAUAUUGCGCUAAAGAAGUAAGUUAGGAGAAAAAUGUCCAGAUAGGCCUUGUAGUGAUAUUCUAUUUGGAAGUAGGUUACACAUGUGCCAUACCAUGGAAGUGUGGUACUGGAAAUGUUAUUGGGGUUUGUAAGAGGGUAAAGCUAGGAAAGAGAUUAGGCUAAUGCAGAAUUCAGGGUUAUGAAGAGGUCAAGUUAUUUCCCAUUAUGAUGAAAAACAACUUGGGGUAAUCCAAUGUAGGGUUCUGAUGAAGUUAUGGUUAUUCACUCUAGGGUAGGAGUGAAGUUGGGUUUACUCAAAUAAGGGUUCUGAUGACAACAGGGUAAU